UUGUUUUUUCUUUCCAAUAAGAAAUAUACAAGAGGCUUUCGAUCUGGUGUUGUUCAUUACCAUUAGACAUCUUUAAGUCUAAAUGAAUGGACUUAUACGGAGAGGUUUAGUUAAGUAUCUAUAUAAUUAUUUAAUUGACUCUAAAGGCAUUGCGUAUAAAUUUCUUUAGUCUUGUGUUAGUGAGAAUUUGAGAAAUAAAAUUACAAACAAAUAUGAGAUUUCCAUUCUUAAUGUAAGAAAUACAAAAAAAAUAAAAAAUAAAAAUCACAAUAUAUUCAUGGAAGGUGUUUGUUGGCCAUAGGUAUGUUAUGUAAACAGUUUAUAAAAGCUUAUUUUUAUCCGGAAGAGUGUUUCAAAGUAAAAAACUGUGUUUGUUUGUAUUAUAAAAAAACAAAAUUGACAAAAGUAGCAGCAUCUCAACAAACAAGAUAUUUUGGUCACGUUAUAAAAUGCCAAUAUCAGAUCAAUUAAAAUACUUCCAAGUUAUUUUCUUUUUUUUCUUAUGCAGAAGAGCAUUAUCCUGUCAUGGUAUAAUAAAAGCUUCAGGAAUUACAGCAGAUGAAAAAAAAAUUAUCCUUCAGGAACACAAUAGGUUGAGGCAACUAGUUGCAACAGGCGGUUAUCCCGGUCAACCAGCCGCAGAAAAUAUGCAAGAGAUUGUCUGGGACGAGGAGUUAGCAGCUCGAGCUCAGGAAUGGGCUAACAAUUGUGAAUUUAGACAUGAUCCAAAUAGGAAUAUAAAACGUUUUACUAUGGGGCAAAAUCUAGCAGUUAUAUGGAGUACGGCACCAUUGGAACCUGACGAUGGUGACUUUGUUUCGCGCAUUAAUAAUUGGUUCAAUGAAGUUCAAAAGUAUUCGUUUGGUGCUUCUUGGUCACCAAAAACUGGGCAUUACUCACAGUUGAUCUGGGGAGAAACAAAUUUAAUUGGCUGUGGAUUUUCAGAAUAUAAGGACACAGCCAAAUACAACAAGUUAUACGUGUGCAAUUAUGGUCCUGGGGGGAAUGUUGUUGGAUCUAGCCCAUAUGAAAUCGGAAAACCAUCUUGUAAGAGUUACGGUAUGGUUCCAUCACAACGGUACAGAGGUCUAUGCAUUCACCCACCAGACAGUGCUUUUCCAACCGAAAUUGAGGCGUAUGAAUACAAACAAAAUAUAAUUACAACAAAAACAUCUUGCACAAGCUUAAGAUUAAAUAGCCAACAAUCCCAGCAGGAGACAAUUCAACAGCAGCUUUCCAUUAUUUCAAAAAACCCGACUGGCACCCCUUUACUCUUAUCGUCCUUCCCCCGGAGAGAACCAAUUAAGUCGAAAAAUGUAUCUUCAAAUUCUCGAUUGCAGGUGCAGCUAAAAACUCAAAACCAAGCAUCCUUCAUCAGGAGACCCAAUAGCGAACAGCCUAAUUUGAAAGAUCUUAUUGACCUUAAAUUUAAAUCUGCCGAAGAUAAGUCAUUUAUAUUUCUGUUUUAAAAAAGAGCAGCAGCAGCGGCAGCAGAAACAUCAGCUACAACAAAAGCAAAAAACAUUAAAAUUGAAAUCAUAAACACAAAUACACUCGAAAUUAUGUCAAAGCCCCAAAGGGCAGACUUAAGUGUGCUUACAUGGAGCGGUUGAAUUUAUUUGUACAUCUAAAUCAUUAGAAAGAGUAUUAUUAGAGUCAUUGAAUCUUAGAGCAACGAAUCAUUCAUAAGCUCAUAACAACUAAAAUGAGUGCAACUGCCACACUACUUAUAAAUACAAAUGUUAAGCAAUAUGUUUAUUUGCAAAAAAUAAAAAAAUUACUUAAUCUUACAGAAA